AUGAAUCUCUCAAUUUCUGACAGCUCGCCCGUCUUCUGGAGGCAUCCGUUGGCGACGACGACGACGAAUUUCGACGAAGCCCCAAAAAUGCCUGGAAACGCCGAUCAAGAGAUGCCGACAGCCGACGAUGUGUUCGAGAAGGCGGCAAGUGCCCGCAGCGAUCCGAGCAUGCAUCGAUACGUGAACAAGCCCGAAGGCGAAAUGGACAUGAUGAUCGGCUUUUUCCUAAUGAACGGCUUUUGCAUAUUUUUCUUUCUGCUUUUCGGCUUGUGCGUCAUCUUCUCGUGCCUUCGCCAAUGUCCGACGUGGUGUCGACGAAAGCCGUCGUUGGACAUCGAACGCACGCCGCUUCACGUCGACAACGACGACGGCGGCGAGUCGACAGCGUUGAAGCCGAAAUUCAAGUCAAUCGUGAGCCAGGUGAUCAAAACGAACAAAGUUCAAACGUCGGUGGCGUCGGAGAACGAGAAUUCGCAUCAGGUGAACGUCCACCAAUUUCGGCGAUCGCCCGAUCGCAAAAUGAGCGUUUCAUCGAUGCCGAAAUCGCGCAAAAACUCGACGGAAUGCUCGCGUCGCAAUUCGCGCAUCGACGUCCAGUCGAGCUCGCAGGAGACGUCGGCGAUGAUUCGCCACAAUUUGUUGGGACCAUUAUCAUUUGAUGAUUUGUAUUAUAUGUAA